AUGGCUUUUGGAAAUGGCCCACGAAGGGCGUACACAUUGCUCCCAGCCGAGGAGGAACACGAAUUCAUCUACACAUCGUCGAAGUGGCAGCGGUUGCCAUGUAUCAUCACCAUUCUCAUCAUCACAAAUGCCAUUUCGAUUCUUUCGACCUACUACUUCUGCAUCACUCGGGUGGUAUUUGCUCAAGAAGGCUCACUGGACUUACCAGGACUGGAGCGAGUGUAUACUGGACUAGAUCGGUCAACUUCAACCGUGCAAUUCAGCGAGUUUGGCGGCGCAAAGCCAAGUCGAUGGACAGCCGCGGCGAGUAGAGAAGUCGAUAUCGCGUGGAAAGAGCUGGGAGUCUCCGACCUUGGCUUUUACCUGCCCGAAGCAUUGGGACGCGAAAUCUUCAAUCUGGAUCGCAGGAAACAUGUGUAUUUCCCCAAGGGCCAUUUCAUGGACCCGGAGGAGGAAGCAUUUCCCCUCAUCGUCCAGGCGACUCAUGACUUGCACUGUUUGAACGAGUUGCGAAAGGGCUUGUACUACAACUACGACUACUAUCGUCAGUUUCAUAACGAUACGCUGGUAUCUCCUCAAUUUCGGAUCUGGCACUCCAAUCAUUGCAUCGACAAUAUCCGCGAACGUCUAAUGUGCACGGCAGACCUCGGCGUCAUUCCCAACAUUUGGAUCGGCCCCGACGAGACGACGAUUCAGUUUGGACGAGAGCAUAAAUGCCACAACUAUGACGCCGUGAUGCGAUGGCUCAAAUCUCGAGGUAUUCUCUCUGAUCCCACCAAGUACAUCAGAAGACCUGGAAUGGAAAUAUCCACCGCUCCGCCUGAUACCAUCCUGUCUGAUCCGAGAGAUUUUGGAAAAGAGGUGGUGUAG